AUGACGGAAGGAACAGACGAUUUGAAUGAUGGGUUGGAUUAUUCUUUUGAUGCCUCCGAAGAUGAAGGUACCAGUAUUAUCAAAAUAGAUGAAGCGAGAGGUGCGAGUAAAACGGGUGAGGGUGAUGACGAUAAAAUAGAGACGGAGGAAGAAGGUAGUGGUGAAUCUCAAGUUAUAAACGAAAAGAAGAGAAAAAGUAAGGAAAAGGAUAAAUUAAGGUUGAAGAAGAGACAAAAAUUGGAGUAUGAUGCAGCUCAAAAGAAGAAGCUUCCUACUGAGACGGCAGAUGUAAUUGCAGAGAGGUUGGCUACCAAGGUGAAAUCACAGAACAAGGACUUGUCAUCGUUGGAAUUAGGUGAUAUAUAUGUGAACAAAUCGUUUAUUGAAUUUACGGGAGACUGGGAUCAACCAAGGAACUUGAUCAAUUUUCCAAAGUUUCUUAAACACUACAUUAAAGAGAGUGUUCUCUUGAAAGCUUUAAGUGAACAGAAGCAGAGAAAGAAGAACAAGAAGCAUAAGAAGAAAAACAAUGAGGAAGAGACUGACGAACGAAGCUUCGCUGUGAUCUUAUCAAUGUCGGCCAUCCGAGCAUGCGAUGUUCAUCGUGCUACUCGAACGAUGAAUGUAGGAUCAACGAAAUUAAUUUCCAAGAACAAACUUAAGGAUGAUAUAACAUCAAUGAGAACUAGUUCGGCUAGAAUCAUUGCUACUACACCGGGUAGAUUCACAAGAAUACUUGAUACCGAACAAUCACCGUUGAAAGCUUCGCAGAUUAAGGCAGUGAUAUGCGAUUGUUAUAUGGAUCCAAAGAUGCAGACUCUCUGGGACUCCAAAGAUACCAUUAGUCUCUUGAGGAAGAUGUGCGACGCUAACGAGUACCUUCGCAUUUUACUGUACUGA